AGUUGUAUAUAUCGAUCUUGGUCUUUUUACACCUUUAAUAGUCAGUCAAAGUGGCCGUCUAUUUUUUUGUUUCAGGUGGAGAUGGUGCCUAGUAAACGGCUUAAUGUGCAGAAAUUUCAUUUUGGUGGCACUCCUCGAAAGGUUCUAUAUCAUAGUGACAGUAGGUUGUUGCUUGUAUUACGGACUGAUCUCAGUGAUGAUUUAUGUUCAUCUGAUGUCUGUUGCGUAGAUCCUCUCAGCGGAUCGGUAUUGUCUUCCUUUAAGUUUGAGCCAGGGGAGAUAGGAAAAUGCAUGGAGUUGGUAAAAGUUGGAAACGAACAAGUUCUUGUUGUUGGAACUAGUCUCUCUACUGGUCCAGCUAUAAUGCCUAGUGGUGAAGCUGAAAGUACAAAGGGCCGUCUAAUAGUUCUUUGCAUCGAGCAAAUGCAAAACUCGGAUAGUGGGUCAAUUGCAUUUUCUUCAAGGGCUGGAUCAUCUUCUCAACGGACUUCACCUUUCCGUGAGAUUGGUGGAUAUGCCGCUGAACAGCUGUCUAGCAGUAGUCUUUGUAGCAGUCCUGACGAUAACAGCUGUGACGGGAUUAAACUUGAGGAAAGUGAGGCAUGGCACUUAAGAUUAGGUUAUUCAACCACCUGGCCUGGAAUGGUGCUUGCAGUCUACCCAUACCUUGAUCGUUAUUUCUUGGCCUCUGCGGGCAACUGUUUUUAUGUUUGUGGUUUUCCAAAUGAUAAUCCUCAAAGAGUCAGACGCUUAGCAGUAGGGAGAACACGUUUCAUGAUCAUGACUCUUACUGCACACUUCACCAGAAUUGCUGUUGGUGAUUGCCGUGAUGGUGUCCUCUUCUACUCGUAUCAAGAGGAUGCAAGAAAACUAGAGCAAGUUUACUGUGACCCUGUCCAGAGGUUAGUUGCUGAUUGCACUCUUAUGGAUGUAGACACAGCUGCUGUUUCAGAUCGAAAGGGGAGUCUAUCCAUUUUAUCAUGUUUGAAUCACUCAGAAGAUAAUUCCAGUCCAGAAUGCAAUCUAGCUCUAACUUGUUCAUUCUACAUGGGUGAGAUAGCUAUGAGAGUUCGAAAGGGGUCAUUCUCUUAUAAACUUCCAGCAGAUGAUGCACUUAAGGGCUGUCAAGUUGCCAGCAAUGUCGGUGACAUAUCACAAAAUAGUAUCAUGGCUAGUACACUUUUAGGGAGCAUAAUUAUUUUCAUUCCUCUUACUAGGGAGGAAUAUGAUCUCUUAGAAGCGGUACAGGCUAGGCUUGUCAUCCAUCCAUUGACUGCUCCUAUAUUGGGAAAUGACCAUGCUGAAUUUCGCUGUCGGGGGAGUCUGGCUAGGGCACCGAAAGCUCUGGAUGGUGAUAUGCUUGCUCAGUUCUUGGAGCUUACUAGUAUGCAACAAGAAGCUGUAUUAGCAUUGCCUCUCGGUGCACAAAACACAAUUAUGUUCAAUUCAAAGCAAUCUCCUCCUCCAAUUACUGUCAAUCAGGUUGUGCGGCUACUAGAACGUGUUCAUUAUGCCCUGAACUGAAUAUGUUCUGAUGCUUUGAGAGCUGUAAACUUGGUCUUCCGUUGACUGCCAAUCAAGUGUCCUUUCAGCCUUCCUCCAGAUAAUUACCGGUGCCAAGGCCAUUUGUUCAUAUUCUUGGAAGCAAGGUGAUCUGCGAUUGAUACGUGAUGUUUAAAGCUGGAUCAAAUAUCGUGCACGGGCCAGGCUAUUCUGCUUUGUUUCGGCUUUUGUGGGUUGGGGGGGAGGGAGACAGAAAUAGUUUUGCAGGGUUGUGCUUCUGGGUGCCUCUUCCUUCAUUGUCCGUACACAGUUUUGUAAGGCAA